GACUGGACACUGUAUUGUAGUUUAAUAAUAUUUUCAUUGUCCAUCGAGAUUCUAACAGGUUAGCGGCAAACAAUACUGUGAGUUGUCGCUAUUGAAAUUCGGAUUCUUUUUGUUUUGUAUGAAAAGGUCGGUGGCCUUAUUAUCAAUGUUAUUAUAUGCCAGCGCCGCGGGUGUAACGGUACAAGUUCGACUCGACUACACUCAAAAAUUGCCACGGAUUGUGUGUUGUAUAACUGCCGUCGUCUACCUUGGCAUAUUGUAGCAAAAAACUGCUUAAGCGGCAGAAUCUUUAGAAAAGGCAUCAACAACCAUUGAAGCACAUUCUUCGUUCUGCCGUCGCCGAAAUGUUUGAUUUCAAGUAACCAUGGAUGGCGGAAAUGUUAUUAGCCAAAAUAUCCCGUAUUUCUCCGGCAAUUUUUGGAGGAUGUCUUGCAGCAUAUAUGAUAUUUGCUGUGCUGACUUUCCGAUCCGAUCGCCAUGCAGGGAAUGGAAGUGGGAAAAGCAAUGAACUUCCGGUCGAAAAUAAACUGACCACUCCUGGAUCGUCUGCCAACGGUAAUGCCGGUACUUUGGACGACAUCGGUCACCCGUCAACGGCGGGGACACCAGCAGUUAACACGGAAGUCGAUUUGAUGACCGAAGAAUAUCCAAAAAUAAUUUUAUUCUGGACAAAAUUUUUUGGUGGACCAAACUCUUUCAUGGGAGAAGAAGGGCUGAAACUGAAGGAUUGUCCUAUAAACAACUGUGUUCUGUCGGACGACCGCGAAGAUGUGAACAUUAGCGAUGCUCUGAUAUUUCAUCCCAUCGAUUUUGAUAAUCUUGAUCUCCCAGUGUCACGACAGCCGCAUCAGUAUUACAUAUAUUUUGUAUUGGAAUCACCUCAUCAUGCCAGCGCCGUCGGUCCACCGGGUUUUUUUAAUUUGACGUUUACCUAUCGCUUCGACUCCGAUAUCAUUGCGGAUAAUUACCUCCAGUACUUUCGUCCAGUACUUUGGACCCGUCCCGGUGAAUUUGAUGAUUUAUGGGCAAUUAAAAGAAAAGUGUCGGCUAUCUUUAUGUCGAACUGCGGUGCGCCUAGUCAAAGGGAGAAAUAUAUUGCGAUGCUGAAGGAGCAUAUGCCUGUGGAUGUGUACGGGGCUUGCGGCGACAUACAGUGUCCAAGAAGCACACAGAAAGACUGUGAUGCCUUGAUAAAGCAGUACAAAUUCUAUUUUGCGUUUGAGAACAGUAUCUGCAAAGACUACAUAAGCGAAAAAAUCAUUCGAGCCUUCGAUGCCGGUGCAGUUCCAGUGGUAAUGGGCGGUGCCAAUUAUUCGACAAUUUUUCCUCCCAAUUCCGUCAUCGAUGCCUUAAAUUUUGGAUCACCGAAAAUUCUGGCUGAGUAUUUGAUGCACCUUGCGCAAAAUAAGAAUGCAUAUUUGCGUCAUUUUAAAUGGCGCUUCCAACCGGAACAAAUGAAAUUAGCCCCUUUCCUCAGCCCUGAGACAGUAUCGUUGUGCAAACUUUGCGCCUUGCUCCAUGCUGAACCUCGAAUUCAGAAAUCCUAUGCUGAUUUGCAACUGUGGUGGGAAAAGGAAGCCAAAUGUGUUACACCGGACUGGAUGGCCACCUUCGGUGCUUCCAGUCCACCGCCGUCUGCUCAGCUGGCACCUGGAUCGGUCAUUUCCGGCUUCGUACCGUACACACAACCUUUAUUGUUUGUAUGAUCGUUAACAAUACCCAUGUUGCUUUGUGAUACGCUCGCAAUAUAGCGACAGUUACCUCUGCAUCUUUCGUUGCUUACAAUUAACUUAUGCCAGUUAUUAGAAAACGAAUUUGUAAAAUUGAAAUUUUGGAUUGUUCGGCGCUGAUAUGUACCACAGCAAAGAUAACAAAUAAGACUCGCAGGUCGCUCGCACUUAGUGCGAGCGACCUGCAUUGCCUACCUUGAGUUGUGUUUUAAGUAAAAUAAUUAUACAGAUGUAUUAUCCUAGUAUUCUCAAACAUGACU